AUGUCUACCGUGUUCGAAUUCCCAAAAAUCCAUGCAUUUCCUCCUCUAUAUACCAAGCAACCUAACUUGACUAUACUACAUAAUCAGCUUGAGUCGUGGGGGGAAAUAAUAUUAUCAUAUUGUCAGCAUUACAAGAUUACUUCGUUAUCCUUACAGGGAGCCAUAUUGCAUACACAAUUGAAUGAUGUGGAUAUUAAUGAAGUACCGCCAUUAUUCGAGAAUAGGAAUAUCAACAGAUCUGUGAGCGACGACUUUAAAGCAAUGAUAUUUAAGCAUUUAAUUCAUAAACUUCAUAGAGCCGAAUAUAUUAACCCAAAGCAACCAGAAGCAGGAAUAUUGAUAUAUUGGAAAACUUUGGUUGAAUGGGCCAAUAUUUUACAUGACUUUGUUGAAAGGACCGGCCAGUUGGGUUCUGUUCUUACUGUUUACGAAUUAACUAAGCUGGAAGAUUCUGGCGUUGAUGAAGAUUUGAAAGACUUAGACUACAACUUACUCGUAAGAAUAUUAAAGGGAGUAUUGAUCAAACAAGGAAGAGCCCAAAUAUUAAUGAAUGAAGAUGGUACUCAAAUUGGAGGCGUAAAAAUAGUCUGA